CAAACACUUCCGCAGCCCAAACUGAAAUAGCAGCUGAGCAACUCACAAUGUGACUGUAGAAGGAGCACCUGCAAGUCGCCUGAACGUGUACCUGGAACACUAAGUUUUCAGGACCGAAUAUUCAAUGGCAGGGAUAAAAUUCAACAACAAGCUGAAAUGAAUUCAGAAAUUAUUCUUGAAGAGAUACUCAUUAAAAGGUCGCAGCAGAAGAAACGAACAUCUCCAUUAAACUACAAGGAAAGAGUUUUUGUGCUCACCAAAUCUCGUCUGACUUAUUACGAAGGACGGGCCGAGAAAAAAAAUAAAAAGGGCUCCGUUGAUCUUACAAAAGUCAAGUGCGUGGAAAUUGUAAGGAAUGGAAGUGAUAUCGCUGCUUGCCAAAAUAAGUAUCCCUUUCAGGUUGUCUACGACACAAACACACUCUACAUUUUUGCACCCAAUAAUGAAAGCCGGCUGCAGUGGGUGAAAAAUAUGAAAGAAGAAAUAAAGAAUAACAACUACAUCUUGGCUAAAUACCAUCCUCAGUUCUGGGCAGACGGGGCAUAUCAUUGUUGUAGGCAAACAGAAAAAUUGGCACCGGGAUGUGAAGAGUAUAACAUUUUUGGAGAUGUAACAAGGAAACCGCUACCCCCUACACCAGAUGCAAUUCGGUCGAGACCUCCACCACCAUGUCCUCCACAGGAUCCAGAGGAAGAGGAGGAAAAAGUAGAUAUUGUAAUUGCCAUGUUUGAAUUUCAUCCAGCUGAGCCACAUGACCUUACUCUGGUUAAAGGGGAAGAAUAUAUUAUAUUAGAAAAGAAGGAUAUCCAUUGGUGGAAAGCAAAAAAUAAAUAUGGGAAAGAAGGGUAUAUCCCAAGCAAUUAUGUAACUGAGAAAAAGUUAGACAACUUAGACCAAUAUGAGUGGUAUAGCAGAAAUAUGAACAGAAAUAAAGCAGAACAACUUCUUAAAAAUGAAGAUAAAGAAGGCGGGUUUAUCGUUAGAAACUCCAGUCAAGCAGGUUUAUAUACAGUAUCACUUUAUACAAAAUAUGGAGGAGAAGGCUCCUCGUCUAUCAGGCACUACCACAUCAAAGAGACAGCAUUUCCAAAGCAGUACUACUUAGCAGAGAAGCAUGUCUUUAACACAAUUCCCGAGAUGAUUGAAUAUCACAAGCACAAUGCAGCAGGUCUUGUUACCAGGCUGCGGUACCCUGUGUGCCAGAAAGGAAAGUGUGCCCCUACAACAGCGGGAUUCAGCUACGAUAAAUGGGAAAUAAACCCAUCUGAGCUGACAUUCAUGAAAGAACUAGGAAGUGGCUUGUUUGGUGUUGUACGACUAGGUAAAUGGCGCGCACAAUAUAAAGUAGCUAUCAAAGCAAUACGUGAAGGUGCAAUGUCUGAAGAGGACUUCAUAGAGGAAGCUAAAGUCAUGAUGAAACUGACUCAUCCGAAGCUUGUACAACUUUAUGGUGCUUGUACACAACAAAGGCCUAUUUAUAUAGUUACGGAAUUCAUGGAACAUGGUUGCCUUUUAAACUACCUUCGUCAGAGGCUUGGACAGUUUAAUUCUGACAUUCUGCUCAGUAUGUGUCAAGAUGUGUGUGAAGGCAUGAAUUACUUAGAACAGAAUAACUUCAUCCAUCGAGAUCUGGCUGCCAGGAACUGUUUAGUAAACGAUGCAGGUGCUGUUAAAGUGUCUGAUUUUGGAAUGACACGGCAUGUUCUUGAUGAUCAGUAUACAAGUUCAUGUGGUGCAAAAUUCCCUGUAAAGUGGUCCCCACCAGAGGUUUUCAAUUACAGCAAAUUCAGCAGCAAAUCAGACGUAUGGUCUUUUGGGGUUUUAAUGUGGGAAGUGUUUACUCAGGGUAAGAUGCCAUUUGAGACAUAUUCCAAUGUUGAAGUUGUAGAAAUGGUGACCAGAGGUGAAAGACUAUAUCGGCCAAAGUUGGCAACCAAAAAUAUCUACAGUGUCAUGAUGGCAUGUUGGCAUGAGAAACCUGAAGGACGGCCCAAAUUUUAUGACCUUUUGCUCACAAUAGGACAAAUUCUUGAAGGAGAAUUUUGAUACCUGCACUAGUCCGGAUGGGAAGAGUUGACAUUUCAUAGACAUUUUACUCUUCAAAUUACUAGAACUUUCUUAGCCAGCUAAUUCAAUCUCCUCAGGAACAUAACCGUUUCACAUGUUAUGGAUUAUAUGUGUUUAUUAUAUAUUUGGAAUUUCAACAACUGUCCACACUAGGUAAAAAGAAAAAAAUACUAACGGUAACCUAACCAAUGGAGGGUUUCAGUGACCAUGGAUCUGCGUGAAAUCGCUGAAAUAUUAGCAAUGUUGAUUUUGGGGUACAAGUUUGUGAGAUUUAUGUAAAAAAGAAAAAAGUUAGAAAAGGAAUUUUAUGAUUUUUUAUGUUUUAUCUUUGUGAAUAUAAAAGCCAUGAUUGAGAAUUGAUUUUGCUCACAUGUCCUAAGCAUGUUUAAGCUGUAAAUAUGAAAAAUAUAUUUAUAUUAAAACAUCUGUGGUAAAUUGUUUUGAUUAGACAUAUCAAAUUGUUUUAAACUACACUUCAGGGGCUUUGUAUGAGUUAUAAAUACCAUUAUAUACAGUGAACGUGCAAAAUAUAUUAACCCUUAUUUAUGGCCUACAUUUACUGUAAUCGCAGUGGACAGAAGAUUAAAAAGGAAAGAAGGGCACAGGGAAAGAUCUUGUAUUUUUGGAUAAAUUUGAAGAUAUUCAGUUGCAAGAAAACAUUUGUGAACCCUUUGAAAUUACUUAGAGUUCUGCAUUGAUUACUCAUAUAAAGUGGUCUGAUCUUCACACAGGUGUACUUUUCAAUUUAUAUUAAAGACAUUGAGUAAUCAUUCACAGUGCAGGCUGGAAAAGUAAAUGUAACCUUUAAGGGACAGUCAAGUCAAAAUUAAACUUUCAUGAUUCAGAUAGGGCAUGCAAUUAUAUGUGACCGGUCAUCAUUUUUUAUCAAUACAGUGUUAUUUUAUUAUAUUUUUGUAAUAAAUAUUAUGAGCGUUAAUAUACUAUAGAGUUCUGCUGUGCUCUGUAUGUUUGCUUUUUUAGCGCUAUUCUAGUAACCAUUUCUCUUGCACAACAUUUGUUUAAAGCUAAACCUAGGUAGGCUCAUAUACUAAUUUCUAUGCCCUUGAAGGCUACCUUUUAUCUCAGUGCAUUUUGACAGUUUUUCACUGCAAGUUCAUGUGUUCCAUAUAGAGAACGUGCUCACUUCUGUGACGUUAUUUAUGAGUCAGCACCAAUUGGCUAAAAUGCAUGUCUGACAAAAGAACUGAAAUAAAGGGACAGUCUGCAGAUGUUUAGAUACAAGGUAAUCAGAGAGGUAAAAAGUAUAUUAAUAUAACUGCAAUAAAGGGAAUAUCUAUCUUUGUAAACAAUAAAAAGAUUCUGGAGUAGACUGUCCCUUUAAAUUUAGUAACUUUAAGAUCCUCCUUUAGCAGCAACAACCUCUGCCAAAGUUUCCUGUAGCUGCUUAUAAGACUUGCACAACAUUGAGGAUGGGUUUAAGACCAUUCCUUCCUACAAAUCUGUUACAGUUCAUCAAUAUUCUGGGUUGUCUUUAUUGUACAGCCCUCUUCAGGUCCUGCCACAACAUCAAAAUUAGAUUAAAGUCGGGUCUCUGACUUGGCCAUUCCAAAACACAAUUCUUAUGACUCAAAAUAAUUUUUGGAGAAGUGAUUAACACUAAGGUUCACUUACUUUUUCCACACUUAAUUGUUAAUGAUUACUCAAUGUCUUCAAUAAAAAUUUGAAAAUUACAA